AGCUCUUGCCAGUGUAUGCUUCUCUUGAAGGACUUUGCAAACUACUUCUCUACUAACCUGAGAAACUGCCUGUCAAAGUCUCCAUGUAGAAGCGGAGGCAAUGAUAACGGACAGCCGAGCUGCAGCGUAGGACCCAAAGGGGCCAAGAUGGCUGCGCCCUUGACAGACGCCGGGGAGUUUGAAAGCUGGCUAAAUGAUCGACUGGACUCGUUAGAAGUGGAUCGUGAGGUGUAUGGGGCGUAUAUUUUAGGGAUUCUACAAGAGGAGGAGACCGACGAGGAGAAAGAAGAUGCGCUUCAAGGAAUUUUAUCCGCAUUUUUGGAGGAGAACACAGUGGAAGAUGUCUGUAAACAGAUCAUAAAGCAGUGGGAAGAGUGUUGCAGCAAAUCUGCAGCCAAAAAGGAUGCUGACGAUGAGGUCCAGGCUAUUGCCAGUAUGAUAGAAAAACAAGCUCAGAUUGUGGUGAAGCAGAAGGAGGUGUCUGAGGAGUCCAAGAAAAGGAAAGAAGCCCUUCUCGCUCAAUAUGCUAAUAUAACAGACGAAGAGGAUGAAGCUGAAGAAGAAGAGCCAACAAGUGGAAAUAUCACUGGAAAUGAAAAAAGCCUGUUCAAAAACACCAAUGUGGAGCUGGUGCUGAACAGACAAAAGCAAAAGCGGGAGCAGGCUCGUGAAGAAGCUCAAAAGAAGAAGGAAAUGGACAAGAUGCAGCGGGAGAAGGACAAACUAGCUAAACAGGACAGAAAAGAGAAGGAGAAGAAGCGUACACAGAAGGGUGAACGCAAAAGAUAAAACCAAAAGAAAGGACACUUUAUAAAAAAGAUUUUUGCUACAAUAUGAAAAAAAAUAAGUCUUUGGCUCUUUUUCAGCUGAACACCAUCCACAUCAAACCCUUGUUUCUGUAUCUCAUGUGUGUGUGAAUAACGAACUAUAUGUUAAGAAUAAAAAUAAAUGUCUUUUGUUUUCAGAGUUAAACAGAUGAUGUUUAAAAAAACAAAGCUGUAUGUCAAUGAUGAACAUGGUCAAUCCCUUGUUAGUCAAAUUUUUGCUUAAGUCAGCCAAAUAUAGUUUUUCCAACAAAUACAUGGUAUGCUUUGAGUUGGCUAAAAGUACGUUUAACCUUAAAUGAUGAAAUUAUACUGCUGAACCUGAAAUUGAACUAAUCGUGGGGGGGGGGAAAGAAACACGAAUAGUUUUAACUCAACAGUUCAGCCUGUUAUCCUUUGCCACAUCUUGCAAAUGCCUUCAUUUUUCAAAACAUUUUUGAUUAAAAGCUGUGCUGCUGCCAGAA